AUGAACCAGCAAAAAGAUCUCGUCGAAGUUGGCCACGGCCGUUGCGGCUCUGUUUGGGCCAAACGCCUUUCCAACGACGAUCACGAUAACGGCGAUUUUGACAACGACGAUUACACCGUCAUCAAACGCGGGGACGGUACCUGGCACCGUUCUGUCACAAAGGAACACGAAAUUCACAAACAUAUAGCACGCUUAGCAGGAGCACCAGCAUCAGAGUCAAAAAUGAACCUGAUUACAGGCUACCAAGUCAACAUCCCCGCCCCUAUCGACUACAUCACCCCGGACUCUACCAAAUGGGAUUUGCUCCUGCCCUUUCUGCCAUCUAACUACAAACCCUGCAUUGCCCUCGAGAACGAAAGAAUCCCGCCGAUGGGUCGGCGCGUUCGUCAUCUCCUCGCACAUACAUGUUAUGGUACUGGUGGUCGCGGUGGAAAUCUUAAAGACGAAAAACUCACCGCUGCCCUCCUUGACGCCGAGACGAACGAACAAAACUGUUUAGUGCGCCCUUAUCUCGGACGACGUCGCAUUCAACCAAAAGAGGCUGCUUCAGCACGCCCUGGAAAGCCUCGGCUUGUGUUUGUCACCCUCCGCAAUAUCCCGCUCCAUCUCGACCAGAUCGAAGAACUUGGGCUCCCAGUUGAGCAGUACGCCAUGGCUAUGGCUGAUACAAUGGCCUUUUUGCAUUGGGAGGCUGAGAUUGACGCGGCGGACGUUGAGUUUGUUCUCGCUCAGCCCCGACGACACCAGGGGCAGUCAGCUUCAUCGCUCAGCAUCGGCUCCCAAGCAUUCACCUCAGAAGGGCCCUUCGGCUCUCACGCCAUGUGGCUGGUCGACUUUGACUGCUGCGAGAAGAUGGCGAUGCCAACCGACGACACCGACGAAAUGAAUCUUCUCACUAUCGCGGCAAGGGCUUUUUGGCGGAAUGAUCCGUACUACCCCAGACCUCCAGCCAACCACACUCCCGACUCAAACCUCGCAGACGGACAGCUCUGGGAAACUUUCAAGAAGCGAUACCUUACGACGAGCGAGGAAAUUCUGGAGUCGAAAGCAAAAGACGAAAGAGUGAAGAUGCUACCAAGGAAGGUGAUGAGUAUGAUUGAAAACACGAGGGAGAGGUGGAGUAAGAGUGUUCUGUAAGGGGAGGGAGAGAGAGCUCAGGACAGUCAGGACACAAGCCCAUAUUCCCACAUGAACAUGGCGGGGGCGUGCGUACCACCGGCAAGCCACAACACACAGG